UUCAUCUCACUCUGAUCCAUGCCUCCUCUCGCUGGCGAACUGUUUCGAUCAUCGCACAUAAUAUGUCCAUGGAUCCUGUCAUGACCAGCAGCAGCAGGAGGAGGAGGAGAGGAGGCUACGGCUGCAAGGAGAGCUGCCAUGGCCACUGCCUACCUCCUCACUCCGCCAAAUGCCUCUGCCUCUACCUGCUGCUCUCGCUGAUCCUCCUCGUCCUCGUCGCGGCCGUGCUGCUCGUCGUCUUCGUCACGAGGCUCAAGAAGCCGACCUUCUACCUGCAGUCCGUCCAGAUGGACAGAUCGUUCAGCCUCCGGCCGUCGUCGUCCAACCGCAGCGGCGACAACGCGUCGUCGUGCUCGGUGGCGUCGCUGCUGUUCGCGGCGCAGAACCCGAACGGGAUCGGGAUAAGGUACAGCGCGGCGGACCUCGGCGUGGCCUACGCGAACGAGUCGAUCGGCGCCAUGGACGUGCCGGUGUUCUACCAGCCGCCGCGGAGCAGCAACGUGACGGUGCUCAUGCACGCCGUGUUCGAGGAGUCCAACGUCAGCCGGCUCGUCGUCAGCGAGCUGUCGGCGCAGAGGAAGCUCGUCGAGAUCAGGAUCGCCGGGAGCAUCGACGCCACCACGCACAUCAUGAACUUCCCUCUGCCAAAGCUUCAGUUUACUCUCGAUUGCAGGAUAGCAACUAACUACACCGACAUAGUGCUCCGGGAAGGGAUCGAGUCUGCAGCUAUACGCAAGGCAAUCCAAGUAUCUGCACUGCCCCACAUCUCACAGAAGUGCUCUAUAAAGCUUGACACGAGGUCGAGAGGGAAGAGGACAAGGCUUGCAGAUUUAGGAUGCUGAUUUCAUAGAAUUUAACCCCUUUUUUUCGAACUACUCCCUCCGUCUCAUAAUAUAAGAACGUUCUUGACACUACACUAGUGUAAAAAAAUGUUCUUAUAUUAUGGAACGGAGCGAGUAGAACGGAUUUAUGUGCAUGGCUUUUUUUUCGAAUAUGUACAUGGCUAUUUUAGACUAGAAGACUAUUCUUUGCGUAGUAUGCUCCCAUGCCAAGCAGUGUAACUGUAGAUGUAUUCUACGGUUGGCAAAUGAUACAUCUAUUUUACUUGAUUGUGCUUCACUGUAAAUG